ACAUUUCUUUAUUAUUGUUGUGCGGACUUGGAGCUAGAUGCGUCCCAAAAUAAUGUUGCAGAACGCGAUUGACCGAAGAAACAAGAAUUUGUUGCUGUGAACGAACUGUACCAAACGCGGGACUAUUGAAAAGCCACCAGGAUGCCGUACGCCGUGGUCGAAACGAUCGAUGCUUUUGGAAAUAAGGAGCUUCUUGCUGCACCGGAACAUUGGAUCCAGAGUCAAGAAAAUGGGAAGCAAUAUUUGUGCUGGCCAAACGUGCGAAACAUAACCACUCUGAACGCGCUGCUGGAGGAUGAGAGCAGUGUGCCUUCAUUAAUGUGGGAAAAGCACGAAUGUACGGUUAAGCGGCGUUGCAUUUGUUCACUAGCAUUGGCAAACGCAACGCUAGAGGGCAUUCAAAAGCUAACCGAAAACAAAACGACCGCAGAGAGAACAACUCCCACAAAAAGUCCCGAUACCAAUCUGACGCGCAACAUUGUACGGGUGACCAGUCUUGCCAAACAAAUGGAAGAUUCCAAUCAUGGACAGGAGAAUCUGGUGGAACCGAAAAUAGAGCUUACGUUUGAUCCCCUGGGCGAGGGCAAAAUUACCCCCAAAGUGUCGGAAAUGUUCAAUGAACUCAAGCGCCAGAUUGACGCAAAUCAGGAAGAGAUGACGAAAAAAAUGAAUGAGGGGUUUUACCGUAUACAGAAAACCCUGGUCGGUUUAAUGCACAAACAGCCAGAGCAAGGGCAGUCAAUAGGAAAUGCAGCAUCAUCUACCAGAGCGAUGGUAACAGCAUCAAAGCGAAACGAAUGCAUAAAUAUGAAACCUAUAAAAACGAUUGAAGAAAUGAACGAUUUGGAAACGCAGCUCAAGGACGACACUUAUCGAAGGCAAGUGUUCAGUUGGAUAGACAGUGUUGUGUCGUAUGAGCGUAAUCCCGAGUGUCGCAUGAUGGAGAUAUUGGACUUACUGUUCGACCGGCACUUUCUGCCAAACUUUAGCUGGACAGGCGCCAGUGCCAAAGGAGUUAAAAAGCAUGCGUUCGGGGACUAUAGAAACAUUCUGCAGCUCUUCGCUUACGCCGGCACCACCAAUGUGCAUCGGGCGGAUAGGACAUUUGUGGCCAAUUUUUUUAUGAAGAAACUUCGACACGCUCCUUUGCGAGCUGUGACGCUAAAGGGGUUACGCCGGUGUGUUCCUCAUUCGCCGUCACCGCGAUCUACUAAAAGGAAACAAGGAGAAGCGAGCAUCAGCAGCAAUCUCGACAACAGUGCUAAGUUUGUGAAGUUAAGUAAGGUACAGUUCGAGAGUUUGAUGAAAAAAAAUGACGAUUCUAUGGCAGGUGCUAGAAUACAGGAAUCGCUAGACGACCACCAGUACACCGACUACAAUAUAUUAGAAGUCGACGUUGAAAACGAUCUGCAACCAACCUUAUUCAUGAGCGCUGAAGAUGAAUACGAAUAAAUAAUUGCAGGACGAAAAAAAAACAAUAAACAUUCGAAACAAACAGUUUCCUGUACUUUUUCUGUUAUGUAGAUUA